AAUUUCUAUACAGAGAUGCCAAUAGCAGAACUUCUGGGUGUGCAGUUUGACAUGCAGCUCCUGGGUAAAUUAACGCUCUCUGUGGCCGCCAUGCUUUGCGUCUCCUUUGUUUUCAAAUUCUACCACACCAGGGCACAAAAUAGACGGCGGGGUAAUGGAAGACAUCACUUGCAAAGCGGCACACAAGCAACCCAAGGAAGCAAGAGCACCUGCAAGACAGAGCAAGAACCACAGAGUAAAGCUGCCAAGGAAGAGUCUGAGAAGGAGAAUAAUUUUCAACAGUCCUCUAAGAAGCUUUUGCAAGAAACCCUAAAAACUGCCAAUGCUUCAACUGAGAGAAGCCAGCCUUCGGAAACUAUGGACUUGGACAGUUGUGCAAAGGAGGAAAUGGCAGGGAACAGCAACAUAACGGAGGAUGUGGGCACAGAAGUGGACAAGGAAAAGGAUGUGGUAAAUAAAGCCAAACUGAUGUUGACCUUAGAACCCCCUGCCCCUGAUGUACCUGAAAAAGAUCAAUUCAGUCCAAGUGGACUGCGAUCACCAUGCCUAGUAAAAAAGCUAGAUAGUAGUACAGGUAUUGGAAGGGAGCUGAGACAGGACCUUGGUUAUCAAGGCAUGUUCCCCAGUUUUCAGUCAAAGGCAGAAAUCAAAGUAGAGAAUGCGAACCUCAUCUUGGAUGAUUCGAGUAAUCGCAGACCUGGAGUUCAUGGAAAGAUCUAUGAUUACUAUGUAGAGUCUUCCUCUCAUUUAAUCUCAGAUUUAAGCCCUACCCGGACUGUCAGUCCAGUCUAUGGUCAGACCGAAGGCAACACUCUGUUUAAAUCCCAAUCUAUGGAUUUGCCUCAUUUCAAGGAGCGCUCACGGACACCAAGUCCACAACCUUCCAGUUUCAUUAUGAGAGAUCUUAAAAUAUAUCCACAAAUUACUAAUGAGCCUCCUGUUAAGUCCAGCAGGCAAGUAAUCAUCCGCCAAGACAGCUAUCUAAGCGCUGCAGACUCUGAGCUUCUGAUUCCCAUUCCCACACUGAGGACGUUAACACCUCGUAGCUGUUCUUCACACCCCAAUGACAGGUCUUCAAGCCCGUUAGACACUGAUAAAGCAAACAUGGAUAAAACUGAGGAACCACAGGUGGAAGAUGUUGCCAGGGCAAAAUUCAUACACUUUCCAGAGAACAUGGGAAAUGCAGAACUUGAGAGUCUUACGGGAAAGCUUGAUUUAGGCAACUGCUUGGAGGCUUUAGAGCUUGCUAAAAAAAACAGUCGCACUGCCCUUCAGCAGGCUGCUCUCCGUGUUAUGUCUGAUAAUUACCUCCAGGUCCUCAGAGAUCCAGCCCUUUUUGGCAGACUAAGAGCAGGGGAGCGUGAGAACAUCCAAAUGCAGCGCAUGAAAGGAAGGAAGUGGUUAAUGGUCGCUGAUAUGGAGUCCAAAGACUGGAGUAGAUGUCCAUCACAGUCUACAGAUCUGGAUCCAGUUAAGACAUCCAGUAAAAUGUAUUACUAUGAUGAUUAUAAAGACAGUUGGCAUCUUCAUAGCCACAUUCCCCAGGAAGUGUUAUCUAAAGGUUGUGCCAUGUGCACCAUGGAUAAUUAUCUGUUUGUCGCAGUGGGCUUUCAAGGGCCUGACCGUGAAGCGACCCCUUCAAAGAAAGUGUACUGUUAUAAUCCAGUAACUUCUAUUUGGAGUGAAAUAAGCCCCAUGAAUGAGGCAAGGCCUCACUGCAAACUUGUGGCUCUGCAGGGCCAUCUUUACGCCAUUGGAGGAGAAUGUCGAUCAACAGUUGAGCGGUACGACCCCAGGACUAACAGAUGGUCCUUUGUCGCACCUCUUCCAAACGAGACUUUUGCUGUAGCCCACCGUGCCACGGCUUGCAACGGUGAACUGUUUGUGGCAGGGGGUACUUUGAGAUACACCCUCUUACGCUACAAUCCCAAGACCAACACAUGGCGUGAGAGCAUGAUCGUGGGGCGUAAGGACAGAACCAUGGAAAUGGUGGCGGUGAGAAACUUCCUGUAUCGCUUUGAAGUUAGUCCUCUUGGCAUCAGUGUGUAUCGCUACCAUGCAGUGGCUCGGUUGUGGUACGAAUGCUCCUCGAUAUGCCUCCCCCAUUGCACUACCUUUCAGUGUGUGACCAUGGACAACAUUAUCUACUGUGUGAGCCGACAAUUCACUUUGAGGUUUCUUGCAGAUGAGGUAUCUCCGAGCUUUGUCAUUCAGGAUUUAAAAGUGCUCUCGCCAGCGAAAGGCAUUUUGUUUCCUUUUGUCCUUGUGCUGCCCGACAUGACCAAUCUACAAACCCCUGUUUAAGCAAGGUCAAACCUUUCAAGUAAGAGGCCGUCUUAAGCAUACACUCUGUUUAUAUUCUCAGGACCAGGGCUUUUUAUGUUAGUGGAAUGUACCGUUAAUUAAUAUUAAAAUUAGUGGCAAUCAAAAUGAAAUAUCAAAGCUAUUACAUUCAAUUGUUCAGCUACAUCACAAUUACACAGCACUUACUAAUAAAUAAAUAAAUUUGCUGUCUCAUUGAAAGUGAUCUGUUUGUUUUCGACUUCCAUCCACUCUGAUGUCUAAAUCAUCCUUUAAAUCUUGGAAAUGUCUUGUGCAAGCACCUAAAGUGUUUUACUAAAUAUACUGCUUUGAAACACUGUGUAGAUAAUGUCAUCCAAUCAAUACUGUAUGUAGAAUAAAGCCAAACCACAGUCAUAGAGCUGCCAUAACAAACAACAUGAAAGGCUGGCAUUACCACAAUUUAUGUAAGCUAGAUAAUUAUAUUCAUUGCAUUUUUCCUUGGCAUACUAGCAGUAAUAUUUCUUUGCAUAGCACAUUGAUCUUACAUGAUAUCAACGUUUUUUUUUUUUUUUAUCUCUGCAUUGUAUUGUCUUUUGUAUCAUUUUAUUUUUCAUGCACUCGCACGAAUCUGGUCACGAGAAUGGGAUAUAUUUUCAGCAAAUGGUUUACUCAUGAAUCAUAUUCAUGUCAACACAUUGCCUCUACUUAUGGUCCACUUAUGGUUCUUUCCAUAGACAUUUUUACAUCAAAGAAGCACUUUGGGGAGCUCAGAGGAAGAGUUUAUGUCCUCUUUAUGUAUACCAUUAAACAUUAUAGAGAGAACUAAUGAUUUAAUGUGUAAGCAAAGAAGAACCACCUCUUCAUGCACAAUUCUG